UUACCUGUACGUCGGAACGUCGGCACCGUCACACUCUAUCAUGGAUCCUCCCAGUCCUUCGAAAGACACCAGUUUGUCAGGGAAACGGAUCGCGGCAGAGACUAGGUACCGCACGAGAGCUGGAAGCAUCAAAAUAAAGGAAGAAUGAGGGGUAAAUGGUCAUGUAUAGCUUCCUUACGGCAAUCAAUGGUUCGGUCGUCGUCGAGAAGCAAAACAAGGGGUGUCCUGACGGCCGCCUUUGAAAAGGACCACCGCUCUGCUGUGCGUCGCCUUCCGAGUAGCAGACGCAGCUUUCUCGGCGAGGAAAUGGGGAGUGAUGCUAAGUCGACGGCUACUCUCCUCCCUUUCGGAUCUCCAUCUGACUGCCAGUCGAUCAGGACUUCCUUGACCUCUGGACAUGACUGCGCACUAGGGAGCGAUCGUCUCAACCAUGGGCCGGCACUUUCAGGCGUCGACGUGAGCAGAAUGGUUACAAUAUCCUGUGCGUACGGAGGAAAUCUGAUCAGAGGGAUGUGAAAAUGCUGGCAUAUUCACACCUUGGACACAGUAUCCGGAAGGGUUCUGUUCAAAAUAACCAACUCAACAGAAGCUUCGUGACCUGGCUCGUCUUUGACAUACUCCACCAGACAUUCUCCUGGUUCCCAUUCUUCGAGAGGGGGGAUGUCCUGCACAUGCUUGAACGUCUCCUCAUUUUCAUCUGUGUCUCCUUCAUCCCCUUCUUCGUCCUCUUCCGGCUCCUCUCCGAAGAGCGACGACAGUAAGCCUCCCACGCCUCCCAGGAGAUCACUGUCAACGCCAGACACAUGAAGAGAAGGCUCCGCCGAAGGGUGCCGGUGUCCACCAAGCCGACGAGGUAUCAAGCCAGGUGUCACAAUACCAUGAAGCGCGAGGCCAAUGAGCACCAGACCUAUCGCCAACGUACUUAGCGACCCCACCACCCUGUGAGGAAAGCUUCUGCUCUGAUUCUCCCUCAUCCAGUUGGUUUUCUGCUCGCCCUAUCACUGAGCAGAAAAACGCCAGUCGGAGCGACUGCCCUUGUCAACGACUGUCUCACGAUAGACACAAACAAACGAAUGGACGAACGACCGAACGGCG